UCUGCUUUCACUCUCUCUCUCUCUCUUUCUAAGUUAUUGCCAUUACCCUAAAUCCCUUUCAAACCAAACAAAUUUCAAGAAACACAAAUAGUUAAACUUUCCUCUCAAAACAAAAAAAUGCCUUUAAGCAACAAUGUAAUCGGUUGCAUCAACUUCAUCUCCGUCCUCCUCUCAAUUCCGGUCAUCGGCGCCGGAAUCUGGCUUGCCAUCGGAACCGUAAACUCCUGCGUCAAGAUCCUUCAAUGGCCAGUAAUAAUCAUCGGAAUCUUAAUCCUCCUUGUGGGUCUCGCUGGUUUCAUAGGAGGGUUUUGGAGAAUCACUUGGCUCCUCGUUAUUUACUUAAUCGCCAUGCUUGCUCUCAUCGUGCUUUUGGCUAUUCUUGUUGGAUUUAUUUACAUGGUUACCAUUAGAGGCUCAGGUCAUCAAGAACCAAGUAGAGCUUAUCUUGAGUAUAGUCUUCAAGAUUUCUCUGGUUUCUUACGUCGAAGAGUUCAGAGAUCUUAUAAAUGGGACAGGAUCCGUACUUGUUUGAGUACUACUAGUAUUUGUCCUGAAUUAAAUCAGAGUUACACUUUGGCUCAAGAUUUCUUCAAUGCUCAUCUUAGUCCCAUUCAAUCUGGUUGCUGCAAGCCCCCAACAAAAUGUGGAUUCACGUUCGUUAACCCAACUUACUGGAUAAGUCCCAUAGAUAUGUCUGCAGAUAUGGAUUGUCUACAAUGGAACAACGAUCAAAACACUUUGUGUUAUGGUUGUGAUUCUUGUAAAGCCGGUUUGCUCGCAAAUCUCAAGGUAGAUUGGUUAAAAGCGGAUAUAUUUCUCCUCUUGGCGCUAAUUGGAUUGAUAAUCGUUUAUAUAAUCGGUUGCUGCGCUUUCCGAAACGCGAAAACUGAGGAUAUAUUCAGAAAGUAUAAGCAGGGUUAUACAUGAUCGUGAUAAAAAGUUUAGGGGAAAAACUGGGAGGAAUGCUUUUCAAUGAUUGGAUUUCCUAUAUUUUUAGCUUAUUUACGUUUUGGGCCCUCUGGUUGUUUUUAUUGUGUAUUGAGUCUAUUGACAUAUGCUGUAACUGGGAAGAAUACUUUUGUAGUUUUUGUAUUAUCUCGCUUGUUUGGUUCACAAAA